ACAGUCCAGCUGAAAACGCAACCGAAAUUGCAAAGGCGAAUAUGCUCAAGUACUCUCUGUCCCGAUUCUCAAGGUCACAACAACAACCACCUAAGCCCUCCUUCUCAAGUCAAAAUCUACGGCCACGAAAGUGAAUAUCUCAGCUCCAAAAGAUCCAACGGUUCAAAUCAACUCGCAAUAAAGACCAACAACAACAAAACAAUAUUAGGGUUCUUUUCUUUCUUCGAAUUUACCCAUUUUCUCCUCGUACCUCGGUUUGAGCAGAAAAAACUUGUACUCUGGACUCUCUGCACGCAUAAACCCUUCAUUUUCUUCUCCUCUAGUUUUCCUUUCCAUUUUCUCGGGAAAUCAUGGGGAAAGGCCCUGGUCUAUACUCCGAUAUUGGCAAGAAAGCCAGAGAUCUUCUCUACAAGGAUUACCAGGGCGACCACAAGUUCACCUUCACCACCUACACCGCCGCUGGAGUCGCAAUCACUUCAACUGGAAUUAAGAAAGGUGAAUUGUUUUUGGCAGAUGUAAGCAGUCAGUUGAAGAACAAGAAUAUCACAACUGAUGUAAAAGUGGACACAAACUCCAAUCUUUUCACGACCAUCACUAUUGAUGAUCUUGCUCCUGGACUCAAGACAAUCUUUAGCUUCAAGAUUCCUGAUCAGAGAUCUGGCAAGGUGGACCUCCAAUACCAGCAUGAGUAUUCUGGGAUAAGUACAGGCAUUGGAUUGACUGCAAAUCCCAUUGUUAACUUCUCAGGUGUGGUUGGGAACAGUACUAUUGCUCUUGGGACUGAUCUCUCAUUUGACACUGCCUCUGGGAACUUCACCAAAUUGAAUGCGGGGUUGAGUUAUACCAAUGCUGACCUCAUUGCAUCAGUGACAUUGAAUGAUAAAGGAGAUACCCUUAAUGCUUCCUAUUACCACACAGUGAGCCCAUUGACCGAUACAGCUGUUGGUGCCGAGCUGACCCAUAGCUUUUCAAGCAAUGAGAACACGCUAACUAUUGGCACAAAGCAUGCACUUGACCCCUUGACCACUGUGAAGGCUCGUGCGAACAACUAUGGCAUAGCAAGUGCUCUCAUUCAGCAUGAGUGGCGCCUCAAGUCGCUUUUCACGAUCUCUGGAGAGGUCGAUACAAGGGCAAUUGAAAAGAGUGCUAAGAUUGGAUUGGCCUUGGCUCUCAAGCCCUAGAUUGAGCAAUAUCUACUUUUGGGGUAACUGGAGGCUGGGCUUGCUUUUUUCUAGCAGGGUACAGCAAUAAUGUGAAAAAAAAAAGUGACAAUUGGCUUCUUGUUCAAAUGAACAUUCGAUCUGUCUCUGUUGUCUUAUUGGGUCGAACAUAUUUUGGUGGUUAUGGGUUGUAGAAAAUAAUUCUAGUUCUGUCAGGAACCAUCUUCAAUUUGUUCUUCUGGAUGGUGCUUCCGCCCUUAACAGAGGGUAUACAUGGUCUUGAGCAAAAAUAUUUCAAAUGAAAAUUUUCUUUCAAUGUAAUUGUUUUUAA